CUGUGCUGUCUGAGUUUACUACUCCCACUGAAUCUUUCAUUCAAUUGAUUAAAUGUAAAGACUUUUUGGAUAUAUUGAGUAUAUGAAAAAAGUAAACUAUUCAUUUUAAAUUAUGCGCAGAGUUUUAAUAACAGGUGGAAGUAGUGGAAUAGGAAAACGAAUUGCUCAAGUAUGGAGUCAACAAGGUCAUCAAUGCCAUUUAAUAAGCAGAAAUGAGGAAAGGCUCCAAGAUACACUUCGCACAUUGUCCAGUUUACAGGGUCAGCUGCAUAAGUAUACUGUGGCAGACAUUUGCACGGACAUGAAUAGCAUCUCAAAUCUUGUUGAAAAAGAGUCAUUUGACACAGUUGUACAUGCUGCCGGGAUUACUCAAACAAGCCUUUGUGUACGUACUAGCGACAAUGAAAUGGAAAAUAUCAUAAAUACAAAUUUGUUGGCUCCUAUGAAACUUUCAAAGAUUGCUGUAUCUAUUUGGUUGCGGCAACGAGCUCCAAAAGACAGACUUAUUCUUUUCCUGUCUUCUAGGUUAUCCAACUACUCUCUUCCUGGGACGAGUGCUUAUGCAGCAUCGAAAGCAGCAUUGGAGGCAUUUACAAGAGUACUGGCUACCGAAGUUGCCGCCCGGGGAAUUCGGGUGAAUGCUGUUGCACCAGGCUACACGGACACCUCUAUGUUGAAUGAACAGAUGCGUCGAAUCGCGAAACAACGUGUUCCACUAGGGCGUCUAGCUUCUACUGAUGAGGUGGCAGACGCAUGCACUUUUUUGUUAAGAAACUCAUAUGCAACAGGGACAGUCUUACCAAUUCAUGGAGGACUUUAAAGAUUACAUUGUUAGAUACGCACUGAGUUCUUCGAUACGUAGAAAAUCCAAAGACACAGGAUAAAAUGUUCUAUUCAUUAAUUACGAAAAUUGGUUACCAGAAUUUCGGCUUUCCUUUUUCUAGCUCCUUUUGAUUUUGAUCGGGACGUAAUCUAUUUUUUAUCUGAUUUCCUAUACUCAACCUAGAUGACAUUCAGUAAUUUACAGACUUCUGAAAGCAUCAGCUUUUCUUGCCUUUUGUUUUUAUUUACAUAUUGUUGCUUUACACAACUAACAAGGUCCUCCGUUGCACUCCGUUAUAAACGAUUUGCGAAGAAGAAGGAAAGAAUGCCAAAAAAUGAAAGACAGUCACACCAAACACAAAACAAGGAUAGCA